AUGAGUCACAUUUAUGAUAUGCUCGGUAUCAAUGUUGAAAAAAUAAAAACUAAGAAGAAACAGAAAGAAAAAAUAAGUAAGAAACAAUUGAACUUCUUGAAAGAUAAUGACAAUUUAUUUUCGUUACCUACUACAUCGAAGAUAAUAAGUCUGAAUAACAAAAAUGUGAGCGUGUGGAGACUCGUAAAAUUUAGAAGUAAGUGUAGAAACGAUGAUUUAAUAUUAACAAAAUGGUCCAAAAUAGGCUACAAGAAUGAUAAGAAAGAGUUUAAUGAAGACAAAAUAGAAGAUGAUUAUACAUUUGAAAAGUUCAAUAAAAAAAUAAAUAUUAUAAAGUAUAACGAUGAUUUAUAUUAUAGAGAAAUACAACCAUUAAACGCAAGUUGGACUAAAGAAGAAACAGAUUAUUUAUUUAAUUUAUGUGAAAAAUAUGAUUGUCAUUUUAUAAUAGUAAAUGAUGUAUAUGAUAUAAAAUAUAAAAGAACUAUAGAAGAAAUAAAAGAACGUUUUUAUACUGUCACUAAAAAAGUUAUGGAAGAUAAAUUUGAUCAACAAAUUAAAUUAGAAGAAGCAAAAAAAAUAAAAAAUAACAAUGAUAUUCUUAAAUUAAAAGAAGCUAAAGCUAAACAUCCCUUGAUCAAAUUUACAUAUAAUAUGCAAGCUGAUUUAGAGAGAAAAAAUAUUAUUCAUAAAACAUAUACUGUCUCCAAAAAAGAUGUAAUGUUAGAAGAAACAACAUUAGAAAAUAUUAAAAAGUUUGAAAGUAAAAUUAAGCUAGAAUUGAAAAAAGCGGCAGAUAUGAAGAAGCUAAAGAAAAAGUUUGAAUUAACAACAGAAGAAAUAGUUCCUAUUACCAAACUACCAGAGGAAGACAAAGAAGACAAAAAUAUAUACAGUGCAAGAUAUUAUUUUCAAAAGCUUAAAAUCGAUAUAUCAUAUUUUGAUAAACUAGAUAUAUAUUUGAAAGAAAAUAAUAUUGAAAAACCAACUAUAUACACGGAAAACAUUUGUUUCUUAUAUGGGGUAUUAAGAACUGAUGUUGCCAUCCUAUUAAAUUUGAGGAAGAAAAUUGAAAAGUUAAAACAGGAACGUGAAUUUUGGAAGGGACAAAUGAACAACUUGGAAGAAGAAUAUUUAAAAAAACAACAAAAAACAUAA